GAACAACAGAAGGUAAUCUUUACUCACUUUUCACAGGGCAAUUCGCCAGCCUGUAACAAGAAAAAGAAAAGAAAAGAGCGUGGAUAAGCCUUACUGUGCAAUGAAUAAAUACACAGCUGGGAUCCAGCUUUGCACGUUGCUCGGAUGAAAGGCACAAAUCAAACCAGCCUUUGGAUGGCCGUGCUGCUCUUUCAUCCUGCCGUUGUCCAGGCAAUAUGGUUAGGGUUUAGAUCUCUCUCUUCGCUGCCCUUGCCGCUCUCAAAGCAUAUCACGGCCACCAUCCACGUUUACGCACACCAGUAUGCCCAUACGGCGACCAUAUUAAUAUAACUGCCAUCUUCACCGUCAUUGACAAUGACAAUGCUGUUUGGCAUUGCUGAACGCUGAUAGCGCCAGCAACUGGGGAUUCUGAUCAAGGCCAUUCAUACGUUUAAUCAUAAUUUAAAUAAACUCAGGCCCGCGAGCAUUGUCAAGUACUCGACAGCUUCAAGUUCUGAUCAUCGACGCAGAUUGCGGAACACCGUUCGCUCCCUUUCGCAUUUCAUAGCGAUAUCUAGCGACUCCACCGUGACCACAGCGCUCUAUAUUCGGGCCGAAGCCAGUCUUUAUCAGCCCUUCGUCAUUCGCACACCUCAGAUUCAUGCUCUAAUCUUAGCACCACAUUUCUUCCUUGGAUAUUCCGCCAUCGGUCACAAGGGCAUGAGCGUCCUCAGGAACACUUAUAUAUCCUGUCCUCAUUGCUCUCCAUCGUCGUUACCAGCAUCUCUCGUAGUUAUCAAAACCGUCUAGUUCAUAUAUAUAUACACAAUGUCGUCCAACUUGAAACCCGUCGAAUACCGCCAACUGGGCAAGUCAGGUCUCCGCGUUUCGGUUCCUAUCCUCGGUGCCAUGAGUUUCGGAGAUCCGAGAUGGAGUCCAUGGGUCCUUGACGAAGCCAGUUCUAUCCCCAUCAUCAAAGCAGCCUGGGAUCUUGGAAUUAACACGAUCGACACAGCGAACGUCUAUUCUAACGGUUCCUCUGAGCGCAUCGUAGCCAAAUUCGUUAAAGAGUACAAAAUUCCUCGUCAUCAGAUCGUCAUUGCUUCAAAAUGUAAUGGCAUAGUCGCAUCUGAUCCCAACCUCAGAUCUAGUGUGGUACCAGGACUUGGUGACCAGCGUGAAUACGUUAACCAGUUUGGCCUGUCUCGAGCGGCUAUUUUCAAUGCAGUCGAUGCGUCUCUGGGCCGUCUCGAGACAUCCUACAUCGAUCUCCUCCAGAUUCACCGCUUUGACCCCAGCGUGCCUCCUGAGGAAAUCAUGAAAGCGCUCCACGAUCUCGUGCAGAGCGGAAAAGUGCGCUACAUCGGAGCUAGCUCCAUGCGCUGCUGGCAAUUCGCCCUCCUGAACGAGGUCGCGGAAAAGAAUGGCUAUACCAAGUUCGUGAGCAUGCAGGAUGAGUAUUCGUUGCUCUAUCGUGAAGAGGAACGUGAAAUGCUUGCGUACUGCAAAUACAAUGGUAUUGGCGUCAUCCCCUGGGCACCUCUUGCAGCAGGCGCUCUAGCCCGCCCCUUCGGCACUGAGACCACCCGUGUCGUUUCCGGAAAGGGCACCAUUUUUGAAAGCAAGUAUUCGGAAGCAGACAAAACUAUCAUCGAGCGUGUGGAAGCCAUCUCUAAGACGAAGGGGUGGAAAAUGAGUCAGGUAGCAUUGGCAUGGGCAAAUUCAAAAGUCACCAGUCCGAUAGUUGGUUUUAACUCUAUUGCAAGAUUGGAGGAAAGUAUUAUUCCUGGAUAUGAACUGACACCGGAGGAAGUGAAGUCACUCGAAGAACCGUAUCAACCCAAACCCGUUCGGGGCCAUGCUUAAAAAGUUAUUACUAUACAUGCUUACGAUACUGCAGCAAGACAGGUACACGGUGAUUGAACGCAGUUGAUAUAAUGACUAUAUGCUUGUGGCCGAUCUCUUGGUAAAACCUUCAGCGAGUUACCCUUCCGAGUUGUUUUUGAUCGGCUACAACAACGAACUAUACUUUUCUAACUGAGAGAUACGAGAUUCCAGUGUUGCUCUCCACUUCUCAGCACGAGAUCGGCAACCAUCACAGACCCCCAGAAGAUCUCCUGAUGCUGCAAUAAUUUUAGAGAAAUUCAAGACAUUAUCAGGGCGUGCUAAAAAUUUCAUUAUGAAAGCAUUGCAAAAGCUGUUCCAAUGGUUGCAAGGUUUCUGCCAAUUUGUCCCAUCAUAAAAUUCUGGCUUCGGCAGACCUG